AUGAAAUAUUUAUUUAUAUUAUUUUUUCUAUUUCUUAUUUUAAAUAAAAUUAUUGGAUUAAAUAAUAAUUCAGAAAAUACUAACAAACAAAAUAUUUUUGAUCGGAUAUUUAAUCGUCAUGGGCAUAAUUUCAAAAAUAAAACAAAGGAAUUUGAGGAUACCAAAACAAAAUGUGUUUAUUGUCAAAAUCCAACAAUUGAAUUGACUGGAGGUAAAAUUGAAGGGAGAGUUUCUUUUGUAGCUGGAAAGAAUAAACCAGCAAUUGUUUUUGAAGGAAUUCCAUUUUCUGAGCCUCCAAUUGGAAAGCUUCGGUUUUUACCUUUAAAGGAGAAAAAACCUUGGAAUGGAAUAUUAAAUGCAACUAAAUAUAGUGCUGCUUGUCUUAGUAAAACCAAAAACUGCCCAAUUCUAUUUUAUAUUCAUGGUGGAGGCUUUGCUUAUGAUUCUGCUACAAUGUUUAAUGACACACAAAUUAUACAAAAAUAUUCAUCUGAUGGAAUUAUUUUUGUAAUUCCUGCUUAUCGUUUAGGGGUUUUUGGUCUUUUAGAUUUAGGGAAUGAUAAAACUGUUAAAAGGAAUUUGGCAAUGCAUGGUUAA